GGCAGUGACUCGAGUAGUCAACACGACGUCAAUUCCUUCCCUCGUGUUUUAGCCGAAGGCCUAGAAAAAGACAAAUAGACAACCCCGUGGUGGCGCUUCGAUCGAGCGAACUGUUGCACUCUGUUCGGAAGUGGCGGCUCGGGUACCCCGGUCCUUGUCCCCCGAUUCGUUGGGGAUUCGAGAGGAGAGUCACGUCGGCGCGUUAUCAUCGUUUCAGUAGUAAACACCAGUUCGCGUAAGACGAAUCUCGGUUGUCACGUUAACGUUAUUUUGACAUCCGUCAACGAGAUUAUUGUAAUACCUUUUUUUUUCGGUGGUUGUAGUUCAUGUUUUUACUAUAUAUAUAUAUAUAUAUGUCAUCGAUUAAUCGAUAAAGAACGAUCAUCGUCGUCAUGAUUGUUCGUCGUCGGUGUUUGUUAGAACGCUUUAACGCGUUUCACCAUGUGUACAAAUUGAACACAAGACUCGAUGCGUAAUUUGUUCAUCCUAGACAAGCAUUUUAUUUCUUUUACAAGUUAUUUAUUUAAUAUUUUGUUAUUACUAUUAUCAUCAUCAUCAUCAUCAUCAUCAUAGUGGUGUAAUUUUUUUUCGAAUUCACGUGUUACGAAAGAAGACGAGAACACUUACGAGAAGAGGAAGAAAAGUGCGUGUGCUUUUCGUGCUUUCCUACUGAUCGAGAUACGGGUCCCCCAUUGACGUGGUUUAACUCUUGGCACGUUAUUAAACAUUCCAAGUAAGGUCAGUGAAGAUUCUGGAGAACGAUCGAGAAGUUGUUAAAGGAAAUUUGUCACUUCCGGAGUUGGAGGAAGGGUUGGCAGGUGUUCUCGAAAGAGAAAAAGAAAAAGAAGAAGAAGAAGACGAAGAAGACGACGAAGAGAAGUACAAAGACGAGUAAAAAAGUUUCACCACGCGUCACGCAGGGAUUGUGGGUCUAUGGGGGGCACCGCCCCAGCGGCCCCCCAAUUCGAAUCCACAAAGAAAUUGUUAUACCGAAAUUCGUGCUAUUUUGGCACGGGCCAGAACCACCGCCCCAAUUUCGGUUCAACCGUCCAAACGGAUGAAGAGAAGUCCAUCCAAUAUCAUGAGGCAGUCAAGCCUCACGAAACUUGGUUCUAUGAUCAACACCGCUGUCAACAAAAGAGCCGGUAAUGGUGAUAUACAGUGGUGUUUUUCGCAAGUGAAAGGGACUUUGGAAGACGACGUUACCGAUGCUGAUAUAAUAUCGUGCGUUGAGUUUAAUCACGAUGGUGACCUUCUUGCAACUGGGGACAAGGGAGGACGAGUUGUUAUUUUUCAAAGGGAUCCUAUUAGUAAAAAUAGUAUACCACGGAGAGGUGAAUAUAAUGUAUACAGCACUUUCCAAAGCCACGAGCCCGAAUUUGAUUACCUGAAAUCAUUAGAAAUAGAAGAAAAAAUAAAUAAAAUUAGAUGGUUAAGAAGAAAAAAUCAGGCACAUUUUUUACUUUCCACAAAUGAUAAGACAAUCAAAUUGUGGAAAGUUAGUGAAAGGGAUAAAAGAGUGGAAGGAUAUAAUACGAAAGAAGAAAAUGGUGCGAUUCGGGAUCCUGCUUGUAUAACUGCCUUGAGGGUGCCAACUAUAAAACCAAUGGAGUUAAUGGUAGAGGCAUCACCAAGGAGAAUAUUUGCCAAUGCGCACACUUACCAUAUAAACAGUAUAAGUGUCAACAGUGAUCAAGAAACGUACCUAAGUGCGGAUGAUCUUAGAAUUAAUUUAUGGCAUCUUGAAAUUACCGAUCAAAGUUUUAAUAUUGUAGACAUAAAACCUACUAACAUGGAAGAGUUGACGGAAGUAAUAACAGCUGCAGAAUUUCAUCCUGUAGAAUGUAAUGUCUUGGUUUACAGUAGUAGCAAAGGAACCAUCAGACUUUGCGAUAUGAGAUCUGCUGCUCUUUGUGAUCAUCAUAGUAAACUUUUUGAAGAACCAGAAGAUCCAACCAAUAAGAGUUUUUUCUCAGAAAUAAUCUCAAGUAUAAGUGAUGUUAAGCUGAGUAACUCUGGAAGAUACAUGAUUAGUAGGGACUACCUCAGCGUUAAAGUCUGGGAUCUUCAAAUGGAAACAAAACCCAUUGAAUGUUAUCCUGUACAUGAAUAUUUAAGAUCAAAAUUAUGUUCUCUUUAUGAAAAUGAUUGCAUCUUCGACAAAUUUGAGUGCUGUUGGAGUGGUAAUGAUUGUGCCAUUAUGACAGGCUCAUAUAAUAAUUUCUUUAGAGUAUUUGAUCGUAAUACCAAACGUGAUUUAACUUUGGAAGCAGCACGUGACAUUGCCAAACCCAAAACUCUUCUAAAGCCUCGUAAGGUUUGCACUGGUGGAAAACGUAAAAAGGAUGAGAUUAGUGUUGAUUGUUUGGAUUUCAACAAAAAAAUAUUACAUACUGCAUGGCAUCCAUCUGAAAAUGUGGUAGCAGUUGCUGCCACCAAUAAUCUUUUCUUAUUCCAAGAUAAACUCUAGCACAUCUGCAUGCAAAUAAUACAACGGUAUAUAUUGACGUGAAAACGUGUCACGUUAAAACUAAAUGGACACAGUGAAACAAUAGGUGUCGGAAAUUACAUUGACGAAAGUCGACUAUUUGCUUGUCAAGUCAGUCGAUUGACCGAAAAGUGGUGUACAUAGCGCCGUCCACACAGCUCACGCGUUCAUAUAAGUUAUAUAUACACCUACCAUGCAGAAAUUUGCACCUGAUACUACCUUGCCAUGCGCAUACAUGUACAUAGAUGCAUGUAAGUUAAAACACAUGCAUAAGACUUCUCUCAACAAAAAAAAAAAAAAAAGAAAACAAAAAAAAAAACUCUUAAGUUGACUAGUUCAAAUAAGUUUGCACACGGAGAGAGUCACACUCUCUUCUCAACUGAUGAUAAAAUGUAUCGUCAAGUCAAUUAUUUGAUAAUUGUAUCGACGAUAAUAUUAUUAUCAAGUUUUUUCUUACACCAAAACGUGCAGCUGAAUUUCUCUAGCUUUGUUCUUCUACUACAGUAAAAUUGCGCUACUACACUAUGCAGAGGAGACGGUCAGUGAAAAUAUCUCAAAUAAUUCGCCCAUACCAUUAUAUAAAAACGAAACAAAAAAAAAACACAAAAAACAAAAAAGUCGUCUUUUAAUAUAACACGCCUUAUGAUCAGUUAUACAAAUAAUAAUACAAUUACAGACAGUGGAUAUAUAACCGAUGUUUCGGCAUGAGCUGAAUAUAUUGCACAGGCAAUUAUUUGUGCUUUAUUUAUCCACUAGAUUUAUUAAAUUGAGUUUUUACAAAAAAAAAAAAAAAUAAAAUAAAGAAAAUAAAUAAAUAUCGCUAUCACGUGUGCCAAUGAGAUUUAAUCGUUUACUUUCAUAUUCGUGAGUAUUUUAUGAAGAUUAUUAUAUACUUAAUAAUAGUAAUAAUUACAAAAACAUGAUAGCAAUGGUAUAUAACUACCAGGACAGGAUCAUGUUUCUUUACUACUAUUCUAUUCUUUUCUUUUCUUUUUUUUUUCUCUCUUUAUUUCCUGAAGACAUAUUGCUAUUGAAAUCUUCGUAUAUUAAAAACCUAUUUCGAAUAUAUUUAUUAGUAAACUCUGCUUAAUGCGCAUUUAGCUGAAUGAAAUAAUAAAACAUCAGUUACCAAAUACCAGGAACAAACCAAUCUUAUACAUAUGUAGGCCUAUACACAUAUACAUACAUACAUACAUACAUACAUACAUACAUUAUCUUGUUUUUAUUUUCAUAAUAAAUCUAUUGUUACGUGUAUUUCCUAUAAUUGCAUUAGCUAAUAUGGAUCAAGGAAUUAUAUGGCACAAAUUUCUGCUUUCAAAGGAUUCGGGUAAAAAUAAUAAAAUCUUAAAAAAAAAAAAAA